GUGAGUUCCAGAUUCGCGGAGUCUGUUAGCGGAGUCCACGUGAGCUCAGUUAUCGCAGUGAGUGAUGGAGGACAAAUGGUGUGUCUCGUAGAUACAGCGUAAAUGUUGGCCUGGUGAAGUGGAGAAUGAGCUGCAGUUGAGAUCCAGAGGGGUUAUGGCAUUAUGAUGACCGAGGACCUGUUUAGAAACACACAGGUGUCCAUGAAGCUGGCCGCUCUGCGCUUUAUGGACUUGCCACUGUCAGUCUAUUCCUCCCUUCCACAGGUGAGUCUGAGCACCAGCACCAAGAAGCUCUUUGCCGCCACUGCCUUCGGCGCGAUCUCCCUUAUCUACCUCGCCCGGCGCUUCAGGAGGAGGAAGGGCAAGAAAAAAGCCGGUUCGCCUGUAGAACAGGAAACGUUCGAGUUCCUCAACACUGUCCCACUGAAAAAAGGUUUUGAGUGUCAAAAUCUCCCUCUGCGCUCAAAGAACGGCUACGCGUGUAAUGUGGUGUCCAGUGGUAGCCUGUACAGCAAGCUUUCGGGCUCCCUGCUGAGCCUGGCCUCCGUAAGCAACUUGUUUUAUUGUCAUCAUCUUUAG